AUGGGUGAUCUGACCAUCGAGCGCAUUAUUCUGCCAACGCGAGGCAAUAAGACCAAGUGGGACAUUGAUGUUAAAGAGGGCGUGAUUGAGAGUAUACUCCCGUCACAAGACCAACACGCCAAUUCUCAUAGUAGCGGUGGUUUGUUACUGCCACCUUUAUGCCACCCUCACAUACACCUCGACAAAUCUUGCAUCCUCACUUGCCAUCAUGGCCCAUCGAGGCAUCUCCCUGACUACAGUGACCUGGCGCCGAUAUCCGGUUCUUUCGCCGAGGCCCUUGGCAAUACUUCUGAGGCUAAAAAGCGUUACACAGAAGGUGAUCUCUAUACUCGCGGCGCACAGCUGCUUGCCACAAGCUACAAGCAGGGUGUAACUUCACUCCGGGCUUUCGUGGAGAUCGACCAUGUUACAGGCACUCUAGCUCUAGAAACGGCGAUCAAUCUGAAGGAGGAAUUCUCGCAUUUGAUAGAGAUGCAAAUUUGCGCGUUUGCACAAGACCCAAUCUUCUCCGGCAACUUUGGAGAUGCGAAUAGGGAAGCCAUUCAAUCAGCACUUUCGAGGUUCGCCGGCGCCAUCGACGUCUUGGGAUCGACACCAUACGUAGAAAAGUCCCGCGAGGCGGCCACGGAGAACAUUGAAUGGGCAGUCACCACGGCGCUUGACAACCACCUGCACCUCGACUUCCACUUGGACUACAAUCUUGACGACUUCAAAACGUCGCGGCCUCUUACCUACACCGUAUUAGAUAUGCUCGAAAUACAUCAAUGGACUGAGAAAGCCGAAGAGUCAAAGACAAUUGCAUUGGGUCAUUGCACUCAGUUGAGUACGCUCCCUGACGUGAUGCUCAAGGACCUUGGCCACAAGAUCAAAGCUAGUGGACUGCCGAUACAUUUCGUCGGUUUGCCGACGAGCGAUCUGUAUAUGAUGGGCCGCCCGGGCUCGGAGGAUGCAUCAAAUAAGCCGCAUACUCGGCCUCGGGGAACUCUGCAGGUGCCCUCGCUCAUCAAGGAUUACGGACUCUCUGCCUGCCUGAGCGUAAAUAAUGUUGGCAAUGCUUUCACGCCGUUUGGCACGGGCGACCCAUUGCAGCUGGCGUCAUGGGGUGUUGGUAUCUACCAGGCUGGGACGUUGGAAGAUGCAGAGACCUUGUAUUCCUGUGUCAGUUGGGCGGCUAGGAAAGCCAUUGGCUUGAGUGCCAACCACGACGGCAAGGAUAUUACUGAAGGUGAUAAAUGGCAACCGAUGCUCUUGGUUAAAAACGAGCAAGAAUUAAAACUUCCUGCUAAACUGGGCGGCCGGGAAAUGACAGUAACAGCGAGACAGCGAGUUGACCUCAAGGAUGUUGUCUGGGAUCCCCCAGAAACCCGAUUGAGAUGUAUCGUUUAG